AUGUCAGCCACAGCAAGCGGAAAGUUCAUCGACGAUGAGACUUAUUCGAGGAUUAUGGGCUUUGUUGCCGGCAUGUUCUCUGGAGUCGCUAAGAACACAGUAGGACACCCAUUCGACACUGUUAAAGUAAGAUUGCAAACCUCCCAGGGAACGGGCAUGUUCAAUGGUCCACUGGACUGUGUUUACAAGACUUUAAAGCACCAGGGCCCUCGAGGCCUUUACCUGGGCUUCACGCCGCCUCUAGUGGGAUGGAUUGCCAUGGACGCAGCCCUGUUGGGAAGUUUACACAAUUAUAGAAUGCUAUUACACAAGUACAUGUAUCCUGAGUACGAGAAGUUACCGCUGUCUGGCUGUGUGAUCAGCGGUGUCAUGUCCGGUUGGACAGUGAGUUUCAUUGCGGCACCGGUCGAACUGGCCAAAGCCAAGCUACAGGUUCAAUACGGUCCUCAGACCACAAAAUACAAGGGUCCCAUAGAUGUUAUCAGGAAGGUGUGGGCAGAGGCCGGCAUUCGCGGCCUGUACAAAGGCCUGGUGAGCACACUGAUCUUUCGGUCGAACUUUGUAUUCUGGUGGGGGUCCUAUGAGCUCAUCACCCAAUGGUUUAAGAAGCAUACCAACAUGAGAGAUCCAGCGAUCAACUUCUGGGCAGGCGGUCUGAGUGCAUCGUUCGGUUUCUGGACCACUGCUUACCCGAGUGAUGUGAUCAAGCAGGUCGUCCUAUGCAACGACAAAUGCGACGGCAGUUUCCGCUCCUGGAGAGAAACGGCCACACAGAUAUACCGCGAGAGAGGUAUCAAAGGUUUCUUCAGAGGCUUUGUGCCAAGUUUCCUGAGGUCCUUCCCUGCCAAUGCUGCUGCAUUGGCCGCGUUCGAGUUCGUCUUGCGAACCAGCGGUGCAAAACCGUCGUAG